GAAGUGGUGACAAUACCAAGCAGAGGCAAGAGUGGAGCCGAGUAAACUGUCAAAAAGCAAAAGCAACUUGCACUUUUCCGCUAUUACAUGUAACAUAGAUAACUGGCAUUUUCACAAGGUGUCGUUUUGACAAUGGGAGCAAACAACAGCACCCGCCGCGUGUCAUUUGAAUCAGAUGAGAACGACAACAUAACGGUGGUGAAGGGCAUACGGCUUUCUGAAAAUGUCAUUAAGCGCAUGAAGGAACCUACUGCUCCUCUGAAACAACAACAUGCUCCCACUCCACCACCACCAGCAGCGCCUACUUCUGCCCUGCGGCCAGUGCCUCCCCUCUUUGACCCAGUCACCUCCUUGCCUCCUCCCCCUCCCUCCUUUGGAGAACCUGUUGCACCUCCAGCUCCUCCUCAGUCUGCCACAGAGACUGUGGCUGCACCUCCACCUCAACCACCUGUAGAAAAGCCCACAGUUGAACCAGUAUCACCUACUCCAGUUCCUGAGUCGAAUCGAGUCCCACCACCUUCUGCUGUACCAGCUGCCGAUGAGGAGGCCCUGAGGAAGAGGAUCGCUGAUGAGCUGUAUAAAGACUUGAAGCAAGAGAGGGCCAAGGCAGAGCAAGAGCUGCAAGCCUGGCUAGAGGCUGAGAAGGCCCGGGCAUCAGCGCAGGCUCAGGCUGAGGCUAAGUCUCAAGUCCAGGGUGAAGUGUCCAGACUUCUGACUGCACAGCGAGCAGCCCAAGAGAGCCUUCAUCAGGCUUUUAUAAAGGAGAGGAUUUCUACUGAGGAUGAGAAGCUCCGUGCUCAGCUAUUAGAGAUUGAAAGGAAGGCCAAACAGCUGGAGGCCAAGGAAGCAGAUCUAAAGAAGCAGGAUGCUUUUUACAGAGAGCAAGUGGCCCGACUGGAGGAGAGGAGUUCUCAGUUCUACAAGGUCACCUCCGAGAAUUUCCACAAAGCUGCAGACCAAGUGAAUGCCAAAUUCAGGAGGUAUGAUGUGUAUCCUGUGUGCGCAGACCUGCAGGAACAGAUCCUCACGUGCUACAAAGAGAACGUUGGGAAAACCCUUCACUGCUCCAACAUAGCAGCCCGUUACCUGCAGUGUGUCAACAAUGCCAAACAGAAUGACAAGUUUGUGCAUGCACCCUCAUGGACAGAUAAUAUAACAAGUUGAAGACUGGGGGAUAAAGAAGAGAGGGAGAGACAGAAGAAGCAAUGAAGAGUUUAUUGUGGGGGGUUUCUGAUUAUUGAGCAUCUGACAGACUAAACCAGAGUGGAGGAAGAGGGGAAUGAGUCAGCACCGAGAGACACACCCUCAAAAACCCAAUGGAGAACCAAACCAGAACCGAACCAGAUUAGUGACACUGAGCACAGCACCUUCAAGAGAGAAACACCUUUGUCCUUCAAUACUUACCUCUUCAGCACCUCUUUUACCCUUUUGUCUUUCUUUCCUGCGAGUGUAGCAGAG